GCUAGGCAGUCGAAUAAGACACUCGCUUGAAUUUGAGAUUCCUUGAACAUUGCUCAACAUGGAGGGAGUGUCCUCAUCACCAAGUUCUGCUCAACCUUCUCCCAUGACUCCUUCAAAGAGGAUGUUAGAAUUGUACGAGGCAUCGGUAGAUUUUACAGCUGGUGCUAUAGGUGGAGUAGCCUGCACCUUUGUCGGUCAGCCAUUUGACACAAUCAAAGUGAAAAUGCAGACAUACCCCCAGCUAUAUAGGGGAUCAAUGCAUUGUUUAAAGGACACAGUGGGACGGGAAGGGGUAAGAGGAUUGUUUGAGGGCACCACCCCUGCUCUAGCAGCUAUCGUUGGUGAAACAGCUGUUUUAUUCAUGUGUUAUGGACUCUGCCAGAAAGCUGUCUGUCAGGCAGUAAGAGUAAAGGAUGAGAAAGACUUGACAAACAUUCAAAAGGCUUUCAGUGGGUCAUGUGCAGCUUUCUUCUCAUCAUUGGUGCUAUGUCCGACAGAGCUCAUCAAAUGCCGUAUGCAGGCUAUGAGUGAGGUCAUGUCAACAUCAGACUCUCUACGAAAGAAAGUAGGACCAUGGCAAGUGACCAAAGAUCUUCUACGUUCAGAUGGACCAUUAGGCUUGUUCCAAGGUCUCACUAGUACAUGGUUAAGAGAGAUGCCGGGGUACUUUGCAUUCUUCUUUGGGUACGAGUUAAGCAAGACAUUACUUACACCACCAGGAAAAACAAAAGAAGAUUUAAGUUUUACAAGGUUAACUAUAGCAGGUGGCGUAGCUGGUUCAUCUUUAUGGAUAGCCAUCUAUCCCAUUGAUGUUGUUAAAUCCAGAAUUCAAGUCCAGUCACUAGUAGGCAAGAUGCCUGGAUUCCUGCCCACUUUCACAAAAAUGCUCAAGGUUGAAGGUGUGUCGUCACUAUUCAGUGGUGUUUAUCCCUGUAUUAUACGAGCAUUCCCUGCCAAUGCUGCCAUGCUACUUGCCUAUGAAGCAAGUAGAUCAUGGAUGAGGAACCAUAGACCAGGCUGGUUAGACCGAUAUUAGUAUCUGGGAUAGACCUGGUCCUAUCAUCCACUCCAAUACCAUGAUUGAUGGACCAGCAUUGUUACCAGGACAGGUGUGACAUUGCAAGGUAAAGAUCAGCUUCUGUCAUAGUAUCAUCCUAGACCACAUUCGUUAGACUGGUGUAAACAGCUCAAGUACAGAUAGACCUGGUCUUGUCUUCCAGUUUUAGGUCACAAUAAAUUGACUUAUGCAAUUCAUGUUGUGGACCAGGUCCUCUUUUCAAAUCAGGUAACACUGGGUAGACCUGAUAGGCGUUUCAUAAAGCCGUUUUUAAGUUACAAGCGACUUUACAAUCGUCUGGUGAUCCUUAAUUGUGAACUGUAAGUGAUACACACAAAUUUUCAUUGGCGUUGAUGUAGUGCCUAAGAAAAGAUCACCAGAUGUUUGUGAACUUGCUCAUAAAUUACAAACGGCUUUAUGAAACACCCACCUUGUCCUACUCAUAAAGAAAUUAAGAAAUUAUUUUUUAAGGAUGAGACUUUCAGUGUAUAUGCAGCACAAAAUAUAACAUAGGCUAGGUCAUAUCAUCUGAUCAACGCCAACACUGAGUAGAUAUAUAUUAUCACUGACUAUUGAAGAUAACCCAGAGCCUGUUACCCAAUUAUCACAUCAUAAAGACAAGGGUUAUAUUUUUCAAAGUUAAAUUGGCUAUUUUGAUAUGCUGCAGACUGAAUCAUAGUUAUCCACACUGUGAAGUGUGAACAAAAUUUAUCAAUCUUUUCUGAUAUAACGUUUAUAGCAGACAUAAAGUGUAAACUCUUAUGAUGUCAUAAGCGCACAAAAUGUAUGUAUGUUUGACUUAUCGAGCAAUACCAGUAUGUUUUGAAAAUUGAAAUUUAUACCACUGCCUCAUUGGACAAAGGUUGUUUUGAAAAAUUGAAUUUGAAGACUAGGUUGGGUCCCCUCUCUAUAAAUUUGUCCUUUCUCUUGUCAAUAGAAAUCUUGAAAAUUAUUCAUGGUACUUAUUUAUAUUGAAGAAAUUUUCUAAUUUUUUAUCUUAUAUUUUGUAUGUUAUUAUACAGUGAAAAGAAUGAUAUCACAAUUAAUAAAGGGAAAGAAGGUGAAGAAUGAUUUUACUUUAGUUUAAGACCUCUGUUACCUCUAGACCAGGCUGGACCAGUUUUGGCCUUGAUCGAGCGGUGGAAACACACUCUGGGUUCCAGACUUUCCAUUUUUUAAUCCCUUGGAAAUAGAUCUGACGUCAUGUCUCCACCAUCACUUCAAAAUGGUCCUGCUUGGAUCCUGGGUCCACUCUGCAUAUUCACAGCUCAACCAGUACUGGCCUAGCCUGACCUGGUGCUAUACAUGUAGCAGGGGUCUAAGACUAGUUGGCUGUAAAUCUGAUAAAUUUCAAUCAUUUUUCAGAACUCAUCCUUCGGUUUUGGUCAUUUUAUCCUGCCAUUUAUUAUUUUAUUUGAAAUUUGACAAUUUUUUUAUAUUAUUGGCAUAAAGUUAUGCUAUACAUUAUUCAAUAUACAUGUAUGUAGUAUUCAGGGGCCAUAAUGAAACUGUACAUGAAUUGAAUUGAAUAUUGAACGCUUAUAUUUUGUUUACAUAAUGUACAUGAUUUAUAGUAAAAAGUAGCGAAAAGAUACAAUUUGUUCCCAUGAAAUAAAGAAGUGAUUUCCAGUUAAAUUUAUAUAUUAAAAUAUGUCAUUCUAUAAUGCAAAAUUCAUUAUGAUUUUUUUGUAAUGAAUCAUAAACCAAAAGACAAACCCCCAAACCUACAUGCUGACAGGGCAUAUUCCAUGAUUUGUUUUCCUUGAUUGAUGUGAAAAUCUUUAGAUCUUCAAACAUAACCUCAAAUGAAUUAUGUAUAACAGAUCUAGGGAUGUUUUAAAGAGGGAUGUAGGAUGUAAACCUAAAGUCUUGUUGCACUAUGUAGAAAUCACAUUCAGGUAUCAGAGUCAAGUGUUCAGACUCAAUGUACAUGUAUUUGUCAUAGAACUAAAGCACCUUCUUGCACCUUGACUCUGCUGAACAGUAAUGGUCAUGUUACUAGCCACAAUGUAUACAUGUAUUUAUGAUAUCUAUUUUGAUACUGCAGUAAAAAACUAGAGACUUUAUCCAUUGUUGUAAAUGAUUUAAAAACUAGUUGAGGAGUUUUUUUUUACGAAUUGAUAGAGCGAUUGUUUUGGGAAAGAUCCUAUUAUAGUUUUGAAUGUAACUUUACUGAAAUAUGUGAAACCCACUUCUACAGUAAUGUAAUGUCCUUAACAAAACAGUUGCUAGCAACCAUUGUUAUGAAAUGCUUUACAGCCAAUACAAAGGACUCACAAUACAGUGCAGCAUCUAUCACUUGCAGUAGACAGGCAAAUUUAUACCUUGGGGGUCGUUGACAUUGUUCUCAAGUGCUAGCAGCUCACUCUGCUUGUGUACUUUAAUGUGACUGUGAUGCUUAAAGGGAAAGUUCACCCUGAAGAAAACUUUGUUGUAAAAU